AUGGAAUCGUCGAAUUACUCCACGAAGAGCCCCAUUGUCCUCGCAGUUGAGGGAAGACGAGAUUCUGACUUGACAAACGAUAUUUUGAAUCGACGAUGCUCUUUGAAGAAGAUCAAUGAUACCUUGAAUGUUUGUUUUGACAAGGAAUCGAUACAGCUGCCCGUGCCGGAUCAAUGCUCCGAUGCAUUGCACCUAAUUAUUCACCAUCUCCAUACCUAUCAGAAGGUUACUCAUACACUCAUGCAGCAUUCAGUCACAGUCCAAUCUUUGGCAGUCUACAUUGCCGUCACGCAUUAUUACUGGGAUGUGCUACUUGCAUUCUGCAAAGAAAUCGAAGAUGACGCUCCAGGUUCAAAUAAGACAUGGCGUUCGGCUCACCUGGACUAUCACUUUGCGAUGGCAUUGGAAAACAAUGCAUUUUCAAAGGAGAUGCAAAAAGCGGCGUUAUCUAAGAUCAAACGAACGUGGACUGAUUUCAAGCGCAAGAAAGCGUAUAGGCCUGUUAUGCAGCUGGAUGUCCAAAAGUACCACCAACAACUGUGCAAUGGAAAGAACAUGUGCGGCGACGCCACUGCCGAUCACAAGAUGUCUGUAGAAGACAUGAUCGCUGAAAUAGUCGAAGCAUCUGCAACCAGCAUGCCACUGGAGGUCGACGCAGAGAAGUGCGAGAAAAUCGUUCGGUUCGAUGAUGUCGCCGCGGAACCUAAGAAGAGCACAAAACGCACGACUGUUCGCAAGGUCAAGAUGACAGUUAGACCCAUAGAUUCGGCCACAGCCUCGAGUACAGCCCGUGAAGUUCAAGAGGAUGAUAUCGACGAGACUGCACAUAUGUUUGAGAUGAAGGAGGAUGGACGGAAAUCUCGUAAAAGUGUCAAGGGCGGCCGUUUGCAAAAGGAAGCUCGGGGAAGCACUCUCCGGGAUUCAACUCCUGAAAUGAGUCGAGCGAACCGUGCUACAAGGAAUCUUCGCACACAAGGGAAACGGAACGCUAGUGCUGAUGUCGAAUCCGAGGAGGAGAUGGGAGACGACGACAAGAAUGUCAACAAAGUUACACGACUCUCAAUACAUGACACUGGUGGUAGACGCGUUGUUCAAGAACACGUGUCAUCAUCUGCAGAAGAAAGCGAACCGACCCGUGCUACCAGGGCUGCAAAAGGAAAGGGAAAAAGGAGAGCCAUUGUUGAGUCAGAUGACGAGGACGAAAUCAGCAAUGAUGCUGCACGUGGUAUGCUAGACAUUUUUGAUAGCAAUGGAGGCACACAGCCCAUAAUAGGAGUGCCAGAAUCAACGCCAAUGCCAGUGCGAGAACCAACAUUGUUGGAGUCGAAGACCACGACUCAGAUGGACACCGAAUCAUCUCCAAAGAAAUCCAAUCAGUCCGUCGUAGCAGUCGAUGAGGUGGGCAACAAGGACGAUACCAGCGACGAUCUCAUUGGGUACCCGGAUGAAAACCUCCCAUCUACCCUCGAUGAUUGGGAGGACUGGCAUACCACAGCGUUUCGGAAAGGUAACUCGCACAUGUUUAUGAAGCUCGGCACAUGGAUCCUGCUUCGAUUCAGACAGCUGGCCAAGGUUCCAAUGGAGGAAGAUCCUGACGGGCUUUUGAUUCCUGAUCACCCUGCGAAUUAUCAGAUGGACUUUGACGCUGACUUCCACGAGGCAUUGGGGAUGACACGGUUGUAUUCUGCGGUCGCUCACAUCGACACACACCCUGAAUACCUCGCUCAUAUUUUUCAUGAGAUUGGAAAGGCGUCGUCUGAGGAGCGACUUGGAAAUAGUCAUCCAGGCUUUAGGCCCCUCCCAGAACUCCCGGUACCUGUGAAAAGCAUGGUCUCAAUCAAGCAUUGGCCAUAUUCUAGUAUAGAGGAAUUGGAUGCAGAGGGUGAUCGCGAUGACGAAGAUGUAUCAGGGGCCCUCGGUGAUAUGCUUAUUUCCGGUGCGCCAGUGUCAGCUCCAGUAGUCACUGCAGAUGAGCAUGAUCCACUCAAACGAAAGAGGACAAUGUCCAGUACGCUUUCCCCUCCAAAGGCAGACGGAGGAAGGGGGUCAUCAAAGCGGCCAAAGAACACUUCAGGAACCAUUUUUAUGCGCCAUUCAUCACCGACCACCACAUUCAGUCAACUACGUCCAGUCGACACUAUCGAAGCUGCGUCAUCGUCAAUACCAUCUGACUCUCGCGUCACUCGGGACUGUGGAAUGGACACCACCGCGGACCCUGUUGUUCUACCACAUUUGACACAGGCGAUUCAGCAUCACGAUAGCAUCGGUGAUCGCAGUGACAUUGACUCAAAUAUGCAUAUAUCAUCUCCCUCAAAUUCUCAAGAUGCAGAAGAGCAUAUCGCAGAUCCUGGCAACGACGCCUCUCUCGCUCGCAUCGACUUCAUGCAUGAUUCCAGUGUUGACCAAUUAUUGGAUCCGUCUCAACAAUCUACUGUGGUCGAUGAUAUCAUGGAGGACAGCGAUAUCAUGGAGGGCAGCGAUGACAUCGAGGGAAGCAAUACCGUGGAGGGAAACGAUAAAAAUGAGGUUAUCUUGAGAACAAAGGCAUCAUGGGAUCGUUUGUCGAGAGCUAAGGAUGAAGAUGUGAGGGUUCUUGUUAAGUCAACUCCAGAAUGA